AUGGAGCAGCGCAUCAUUUCCAACCCCAAAGACAUGAUGGGCAUUUUGCUGUUCGGCACCCAAAAAUCCAAAUUCCACGAUGACGGUGACGGUCGUGGUGGCUUAGGGUAUCCUCAUUGCUAUCUCUUCACUGACCUGGAUAUACCUGCGGCCGAGGAUGUGAAGGCAUUGAAGGCUCUUGUGGAGGAAGGGGAGGACGAGGAUGAAGUCCUGAAGCCAUCGGAAGAACGGGUCUCCAUGUCAAACGUGCUUUUCUGUGCGAACCAGAUCUUCACCACCAAAGCAGCCAACUUUGGAAGUCGUCGUUUGUUCAUCGUGACAGACAAUGACGACCCACACUCCUCAAGUAAAGAUGCCCGCCAAGCAGCUGCAGUGCGAGCCAAAGACCUGUACGACUUGGGAGUGACCAUCGUCCUUUUCCCCAUCACUCGUGGAGAUAGCACAUUUCGCAUCGAGAAGUUCUACGAUAACAUUAUCUACCAAGACCCUCUUGCGGGCGAAGCCAACAUGUCAGAGGUUCGGUCUUCCAAGUCAGGAGACGGACUGACGCUUUUGAACUCCCUCAUUUCCAAUAUCAACUCGAAACAGACCCCCAAGAGAUCUCUUUUCUCCAAUCUUCCGUUCGAGAUAGCGCCCGGACUGCGAAUCUCCGUCAAGGGGUACAAUGUACUUCACCGACAGACACCCGCGCGCACCUGCUACAUCUGGCUGGACGGCGAAAAGCCACAAAUUGCGGCGGGCGAAACGACGAGAGUGGCCGAGGACAGUGCUCGUACAGUGGAAAAGACCGAUAUUAAGAAAGCAUACAAGUUCGGUGGCGAGUACGUAUACUUUAGCCCCGAAGAGCAGAAGAAGCUGCGAGACUUCGGCUCGCCUGUCAUCCGCAUCAUCGGCUUCAAGCCACGAAGUGCUAUUCCGUUGUGGGCUAGCGUCAAGAAGAGCACGUUUAUCUUCCCAAGCGAGGAGGACUAUGUCGGCUCGACGCGUGUGUACACAGCACUGUGGCAGAAGCUCCUGAAAGACGACAAACUCGGCGUUGCCUGGUGCAUCACGCGGGCCAACGCCCAACCAAUCUUGGCAGCCAUCGUACCGUCGAAGGAGCAGGCGGACGACGACUGUGGAACGCCCUACCUGCCGUCGGGCUUGUGGAUUUAUCCACUGCCCUUUGGCGAUGAUUUGAGGGGCAUCAAGGAAUCUGAUGGGUUCGCACGGAGCUCAGACGAGCUACAGACACAGAUGCGCGUCAUCGUGCAACAACUGCAGCUGCCGAAAGCGAUGUACAACCCGACCAAGUACCCCAACCCGGCGCUGCAGUGGCACUACAAGAUCUUGCAAGCCCUUGCCUUGGAGGAGGAGGUCCCCGAGAAGGCUGAGGAUGCGACAGAGCCCAAGUACAAGGCGAUUAGCAAACGAGCCGGGGGCUAUUUGGAGGAAUGGCAGGAGACGUUGGAGCGAGAUGCCAAGAAUGCGCAAGCAACCAGAGCUGUGAAGCGUGAAGCAGAAAGCGAAUUGCCUGAACGCCCGGCGUCGAAGAAGGCCCGCAGUGGUUCAGAUAAACCCUCGAUGUCUGGCUUGACCCUCCCCCAGGUAAAAUCCGCUGUGGAGAGCGGUGGUAUCGUCAAGAUGACUGUCGCCCAGUUGAAAGACAUUCUAGAGGCACAGGGGUUGAGUACCUCGGGCAGAAAGCUGGAUCUCGUGGAAAGAGUGGAACAAUGGGUGGAAAAGCAUUCCUGA